AUGAAGGCACUCUCAAAUUCGAAGACUGCUGUAGGAUGCUCUAUCAAGAUCACGAACAUGAGAUUGCCUCCAAAUGAGGAUGAGGACAAGGAUGACACCAAUUAUCAUGAGCUCGCUGCCGCCACCGCCACCGACAGUCCCAUUGCAAGUCACCAGCCACCAAAGACAUGUCCUGGAAUGGACUGCAAAGAUGCAAUCCCUGACAAUAUCUCUGACCAGCUCAAGACUGCCUUGUCCACCUAUCUCGAAGCCCUCAAGGUCACAGAGGCAAAAGGUUGGCCAGCCACGAAAAUCGAGUUCAAAGAUAUCCCCUCUCGCAUUCUGGAAAUGUAUGACGAACUCGAGAAACUUUUGUUCGAUGUGGAAGCACGCGAGAACCUCUGGCUCUGGACCUUUUUCGAAGCUGACCUCGAACUGUUCCGACACUUAACAGAAGUGAUUUGGACAUUUAUUUUUAUUGAUUUUACUUUUUACAGUGUCUACAGGACUGCGGACAUCGGGUUGUGGUACUCCCUCAUCCAUAACAACCCUCUUAUGUUGGAUUGUCAAGUCAUCAGGGUCAGCUGGUACAAGAAAAGGAAAGAGGUAGAGCAUGAGUUCUUGCGAUUUGACAUCUCUUCCCCCGAAAAUCAGCACACAUCCAUUGUCAUUGCCGAGAGGAGUGGUGGUGGUGUUCGCAGUACAAACUCCGGUACUUCUGCUCACAUUCACACCACACAAGUUUCUGAUACCAUUGCUCAAACAGACACAGCGGUAGACACCACGGUGUCGCCACUCACUCCCCUGGAGACUUCUGCACUCUCACCUGAUGCCAGCAAUUCCACUGGAAGUAGUGCCAACGAAAACAGUCCUCUUUCCAAGCAGGACGCCUAUGAUCGCGUUUAUUUUGCAUGCAUAUUAGUGCAGCAGGCAUUUGGCGCAAAGCCUACUGCAAACGAGCUAGCAACCUUGCUUUAUGUAACCUUGGCACAGGAGCCCAAGUACAACCUUCAGGACACACAAUGCUACUGGUUUGCCACAACUGUGUUUGACACUCUCAAGAUGCUAUACAAGGGUGCCAAGCCAGAUCCCACGCCCCAUCUGGGGGGUACAAUCUGUGGGGUACCAGUCGAUGUCAAGGCAAGUGGGGAAGAGGUGUGCGCCAAGCUUAAACAAGAGCAAAAGGAACAGAGGCAGCAAGAAUGUGAACAACACCAGGCCAUGGAGGAAGCCACAAAAAGGGCAGAGGAGGAAAGGCAUGCAGCUGAGGAAAGAGCACAGGCAGCAGAGGAGGAAAGGCAGAAAGAAUGCCAGGCCACAGAGGAAGCCACAAAAUGGGAAUGAGCAAUGCAAUCCAGCCAAGGAAAGGGCAUGGGCAGCAGAAGAAGCAAAUGCAAAGUUUUCCAGUUCUUG